CCGCGGAAGCGCCGCCAUGAACUCCAUCCUGGUAACCGGCUGCAACCGCGGCCUGGGCCUGGGCCUGGUCAAGGCGCUGGUCAGCCUGCCCCAGCCGCCGCAGCAUCUCUUCACCACCUGCCGCAACCGCCAGCAGGCCCAGGAGCUGGAGGAUCUGGCCAAGAAGCACUCAAACAUCCACAUCCUGGAGAUUGAUCUGAGGAACUUCGAGGCCUACGACAAGCUGGUCGCCGACAUCGAGGGCGUGACCAAGGAGCAGGGCCUCAACGUGCUCUUCAACAACGCCGGCAUAGCGCCCAAGUCGGCCAGGAUAACGGCCGUGCGCUCGCAGGAGCUGCUGGACACGCUGCAGACCAACACGGUGGUGCCCAUCAUGCUGGCCAAGGCCUGCCUGCCGCUGCUCAAGAAGGCGGCCAAGGCGAACGAGUCGCAGCCGAUGGGCGUGGGCCGUGCGGCCAUCAUCAACAUGUCCUCCAUCCUGGGCUCCAUUCAGGGCAACACCGACGGCGGCAUGUAUGCCUACCGCACCUCCAAGUCGGCGCUGAAUGCGGCCACCAAGUCGCUGAGCAUCGACCUGUACCCGCAGCGCAUCAUGUGCGUGAGCCUGCAUCCCGGCUGGGUGAAGACCGACAUGGGCGGCGCCAGUGCACCCCUGGACGUGCCCACCAGCACGGGCCAGAUUGUGCAGACCAUCAGCAAGCUGGGCGAGCAGCAGAACGGCGGAUUCGUCAACUACGAUGGCACUCCGCUGGCCUGGUGAGGCCUGACAAUGCUAAGCUCAGCUGCAUUUUGUUUGUUAGUUAAUUGUUGUUGAAUAAACUAGGCCCUCAGGCCACGGGUGCUAUAAA